AUGGGUGGCCAGCCCUCCCAGGGGGAGCUUCAACCACCCCGGGAAGAGCAAUCUGGAACGACGGAGCACAAGACAUCGAACAACCCCGAAUCCUCAGUCUUAUCACCUACCGGUCAAACAGUUGCGAGUGGCCAACAAGACACAGCUCAUGCCUCGAGGGACCCCGAGUCUUCUCCACGUCCCCGGAAGUUCCUAGCGCAACCGAUCGAAACUUCGUCGCGCAGCUCUCAAACCCGACCAACACCGAAUACAGACAGUCCAGGGGACCAUGAAGAUGGCUCCAAUGCCUCUUCAAAGAACACGGCGCAGUCGGACGAAAAACAGCCCCGUCGACGGUUUCUACCACAGCCGAUUGAGACAACAAAGUCAAACAAUCAAGGAGCUCCGUCACGAGCGCAAACACCGGAGCAGAACUCUCCGGUCGGCCCAAGAAGGUUCAAGCCCGACCUGAUUGAAACAGACCGUCGCUCCGUCAAAGGAAAAUCAGAAGAGCUUUCUCGUGGGUCAGGUUCUCUUAGUCCGAGGCCUGGAGCCUCGAGAACCAUGUCCCGGAUCAAUCCCAGUCGCACUGCCUAUACCGAGCUGCCCGAAUCGAAAUUCUCAUACGCAAGUCUCCUUCGCCGUCAAGAGGGACGAAGGCAUUCAUUUCGGGUUCCUGAACUGCCGUCAAUCGAGUCCAGUGGCAGUGAGGACUCUGACGAACCAUCCCACUCGCCGCCGUUAUCGUCCUCUUACAAAUCGUCACAGAAGUUCACCGGCAAUCUGAAGCCUGAAAAGAUGCUCAGGGAGAGCGGUGAUGGUGAAUAUCAAGAAUACUUGCUCUCUCUAGCCGCUCGCUCGGCACAGAAGCAGCUCAGAGAGCAGGCGCUAGCCGCCUUUCCCAACGAACAAGUCUAUGAGCCCGUGGAUCACUUUGGCGCUGACGAGGAAGAUUGGGACUCGGAGGAUGAUCUACGGUAUCCCCAGAAACAUCAUCUCAAGUCUCGGCGACAGUCUUCGGCCGAUCUGUCCUGGGAACUCGACUACAUGCGUCACCAUAAAGAAGAGGCGGAAAUGCGUUUGCGGGCGAUGGCUGCCUCGAAAGCUCGAGACCGGACGUCUGCUAGUAAUCAAUCUGCACCCAGAGCUGACGGUAAGACAAUCCCACCAAUGCUUGGAGACGACAUCGUCUUGCCCCAGAGCCUAUCCCCUAAUGGGACGAUGUGCGAAAAAUCCACGGCCGAUGGUUCGCAGGCAGCACAAGAUCCUUGCAACGGCUGUGACGGCCUCUGGUGUGCCGACAGCCGACCUCAAGGUGGACGAGGUGCCGGCCUUUGGAUGGGCACCUGUCGCAAGGGCGAGAGCGGAGAUGGCCAUGGGGACUUGCACGCGUUUUCCGGAAUCAUGACUCCGAUGCUCCGGGGCGAUGAGACAGACCUGGAUAGGCUGUCGCGCUCUUCGACCUGCACGAACCUGCAGGGCAUGACGAGCCAACUAUCCCCGCGGCCUGAUAUACUCAAUCUUACUCCCAAAAUUCUGCAAGAUGAAUUCCAUGACGGGUUCAUCACCCAGAUCUACAACUAUCUAUCUCUGGGCUACCCCUGUAUUGCUCGCUACUACGACUAUGAACUGAGCAAGAUCUCAGGUAUUACAGUCGAAGAUCUUCGACGUGAUGACCUGCACACAGAUGCAAGAGGAUACGUCGUUGCCCCCGAUGAUGGUCCUGUUACGGCGUGCACUCGAUGGAGGGCUCUCCGUCGCUACAUCCGUGAAUGGGCUCGACAACAACCAACCAUGGCAGAGGAUGACACCGGGUUCGAAGCCUGGGGUAUGCCAGAACGAAGAGGAAGUUGGGCAAUUUGA